AUGGGGAGAGUUCAUCAAUCGUUGCUAUUGCUUGUUACCUUUCUCAUAGCUUUCUCGACCUUAAUCAAGGGUCAAAAAACAUCAAUAGGGAAGUUUGAUUUACAAAAAGGUCAAUCGGAAUCCGAGGGUAUCAAAGGUCGAUAUGUCAAUAAUCCUUUCAAUUCCGUUUACUAUCCUGAUUCCGGAGUUGGAUUCCAGGACGAGGGUAGUUCUAAAGAUGGGUCGACGAGGGUAAUUGGCGAGGAACCCGCUCUUUUUCUGCUGCACUUCUUACCAGGCUUAGGAUUCCCGUUUCCAUUCCCAUUCCCAGGUUUGGGAUUCCCAUUGCCAGGCUUGGGAGCCCCAUUGCCAGGCUUGGGAGCCCCGUUUCCGUUUCCGUUUCCGUUCCCGUUGGGAGGUUAUCCGCCGGGGACUGGGUUUGCAGGUGGCCCUGGUAAAGGUUUCGGCGGUGGUGGGGGGUUUGGGUUUCCCGGCGGCGGUCCUGGUAAAGGUUUGGGCGGUCGUGGGGGGUUUGGGCCUGGUGGUUUUCAGGGUAAACAGGAGGCGGAGGGCAAAGAUGAGUUCAGAAGAAAUCCGUCUCCAUGA